GUGGUAUUAUGCCUACAUUCUCGCACAGCGCCCGGAGAUCCUUAACGAGCGCGUAUAUGUCCUCUAUGAAGUUAUCCCACUCCGCAUCCGUGACGCUAUAUGUGACCGGCUUGUUCAAGAGCUGCAGGUCGCUGGAGAUCUUGGCCGGGCUCGGGGCCCGCUUUAGCUUGAAUUCCCCGGAUUGUGUAGGGGUGCUCGAGUUAGUGUAAGAUGAGCGGGAGUGAGCGCGUUGGUGUAUGAGCUGGACGGGACGACGUUGCCUACCACCGUGGUAGAAGGUGGAUCCUAGGCGGCGCUCUCUCCUCUACAUAACACCCCUCUAACAAGAUGCCGUUUUGCCUGUGCUGAGGUUCUCUAGUCUAACGUUCCUUGCUGUCCUUCCGCCGUGGCGAGCAACGACUUAUAUUCGUAUGCAUAAACUCAAGCGGUCAGCAUCGCUUAGUUUGUGUAGUGCCUGUGGGAAUAGACUGCGGGACCGUUUUCGUAACGGAUAAAGGCUACCUAACCGAGCGAGGCUGGCUGGUUAAGGAGGGCUAUUCGUCGAUGAGGAUGGAGUUGAACGUCGGGGGAGAGGUGUACGGGCACCAGAUGUUGCUAAGUAGCAGGCAGGCGGUUGUGGACAUG